AUGUCUUUCGUGCUGUUUCUCCUUGUCAGUGUGCAGAGCCUCUCUCAGAGCGGCGCAUUGAUAUCGAAUGUCAAGUUUGAAGACUUUGCUGGAAACCGGUCGAUGCGCCUCCUAGGGAAAACUGACAAUGCUGCAGGUUGUUUUGCAGAUGGUGUGGGCAGCUUUGCGAAAAAUGGCGUGUCGCCUGUUGAGGACCUCAAGCGCAUAUUGGAAGAAGGAGUGAAGCUCAUAAGUGGUAACAGUGGUGCCGCCUGCAAGGAUAAUCCGACAACAAGAACAUCACGUGGUGCAAAGAGCCUCGCACGGACCCGCUGCUCGGAGACCAGGAUCAGGAGUGGUACGCCGAGCUUCAAGACUACUUGA